GAGAGAUUCUGCAGCGUCAGACACGGCAGCCGCAUAAAAAGCCCCAGCCCCGCUUUCACAGCAUCUCACUCCUGCAGAAAGCUCCCGGGUCCUGCGCUCCUCCUUCUCUUGCCUGCUCCCAACAAAUUGAACAAUUUCCCACCUCCGCCACCAUGAGCUCCUACACAUCCGACUCUGCUGUCACGUCCAUCUACAGGCGGUACUUUGGCGAGCCCACCAAGUACCGAGCCAGCUACGAGAUGCCCGGCUACAAGGUUAGCGCCGCCGGCUACGGAACGCGCUCCGUGUCGGUCGGCUCCACCCUGGGCGUUCCCGUCGGCUCGUUCAGACGCACGCACUCCCGCUACUCCAGCAUGUCCAUCCCGGCCACGUCCGACAUGAUCGACCUGUCCCAGGCCGAGUCUCUGGGCAACGAGCUCAAGUCCAUCCGCACGCAAGAGAAGGACCAGCUGCAGGACCUCAACGACCGCUUCGCCGGCUUCAUCGAGCGCGUGCACCACCUGGAGCAGCAGAACAAGGUGCUGGAGGCCGAGGCGCUGAUCCUGCGCCAGAAGGAGAUGCGCCCCUCCAACAUCAAGCAGCUGUACGAGCAGGAGAUCCGUGACCUGCGCGCCCUGGCCGAGGAGUGCAAGAGCGAGUACAACAGCGCCAAGGGUGGCCGCGACCAGAUGGAGGGCGCGCUGGGCGCCCUGCGAGCCAAGCACGACGAGGAGAGGCGACGUCGCGAGGAGUCGGAGGGAGCCCUCGACGAGGUGAGGAAGGCGGCCGACGAGGCGGCGGUGCAACGCGUGGCGCUCGAGCAGAAGGUGGGCUCGCUUCUUGACGAGAUCGCCUUCCUCAAGAAGGUGCAGCAGGAGGAGAUCGCCGACCUGCAGGCCCAGAUCCAGAGCGCGCACAUCACGGUGGAGAUGAGCGUUGCCCGGCCCGACCUCACGUCGGCGCUGCGCGACAUCCGCGCCCAAUACGAGGUACUCGCAGCCAAAAACAUGCAGUCGGCCGAGGAGUGGUUCAAGACCAAGUUCACGGUGCUGUCGGAGAACGCCAACCGCAACACGGAGGCCGUGCACGUCGCCCGCGAGGAAGUCUCCGAGUACCGACGCCACGUGCAGAACAAGACGCUGGAGUCAGAGGCCAUCAAGGACAUGAUCGAGUCCCUGGAGAAGCAGAUCCAGGAUCUGGACGAACGGCACCAGAAGGAGUUGGAGCCCUUGCAGGAACUCAUCCCUGAAUUGGAAAAAGAACUGCAGUCAACGAAGAAUGAGAUGUCACGAUACCUGAGGGACUACCAAGACCUUCUCAAUGUCAAAAUGGCAUUGGACAUAGAAAUUGCAGCGUACAGGAAACUCCUGGAGGGAGAGGAAUCCCGCCUGACCAUCAGCUCCUCCUUCAAGUCGUCGGUGUCGCCCGUCAACAGCCCCAGCUUCCUGCUGCAGUCGCGCCCGCUGCGCACCUCCAUGCAGAUGCCCAAGUACCUGGGCGGAUACGACUUCUUCAGCGGCUACUCGCUGAGGAACGGCAGCGAGGAGGGCAGCGAGGUCACGGAUAGCUACGGCUACAGCAAGAGGAAGGGAAACUAAGCGCCCCUUUUUAAGACCAAUCCCACCUGUCACAUUGAUAAC